GGAGGGAUGUAAAUAGCUCUAAAGUGAAAUUUCUUUCUAUAUCUAUAAAGGAAAUAAGAUUAUUAUGUGUUAGGUACUGUGGAACGGCAGCGUUUAUUGCCCACGUUGCCCUGACGCGGUUAAGCAGAGGCUGACCUGGCUUCCUCGAGGAAGCCAGUUUCUGGAAACUUGGUCAGCCUUCCCUUAUUUUCAUCUACUGCAAUUGAUGUGGAUUUACACAUUUUGCUCACGGGUGGACCUUUUAUACGUGCCCACUUGACGUUUGAUUCCAUUCAAUUAGUUCUUUUUUUUGUUUUGCAAAUGGGGAGCAAACUCAGCACCGAGUUCUAAUGGGUUGAGAUUUAGCAUCAAACGUUUUUAAUUCUGCCCAAUAAACAAUGACUAUCUUCACCGAAAAUCUUCCAUAGUUUAUGUCCACUGGUGGUUUUUUUUAAGUGGGGUUUAAAACCUUUUAGUUUACCACGUCGCCGAGAAUUACAGAGAGGGGUUCAUUCCCAUCUUCCCUCGUCGAGCUGUAGUCGUCUUGGUUUGGUGCCAAGCUAACCAUGUCGAAAGAGAGCGUUACCAGCACAUCCCAAUCUCAGUCCCAGAGUCAGUCCCAGUCCGCCUCGUCCACCAGCGGCACUGGAUCGAGCAGCCUGUCCUCAGCAGGCACUGUCAUCCUGGAUUCCAAUCCUACCCAGGAUCUUGCUACCAUUCCAGAAGUGGAGGAAUUGCCUAAGCCUUGGGGACGCCUCUGGGCGCUUGAGAAAGGAUUUUGGAACUUGGAUUGCUUAAAUAAUGAGUACUGGUUCGGGAGGGAUAAAUCGUGUCACUACUGUUUCGAUCAACCAGUGUUGAAGAGGAAGGAGCACUUCAAAUCGUACAGCAAGAAACAUUGCAGAAUUAUCAGAGAAAAGGGUCCUGGAAGCACGUUUGUAGUGUUUAUUGAAGAUCACAGUUCAAAUGGUACCUUCCUGAAUGGCCAGAUAAUUGGAAAAGACCGAAGAUUACCACUGUGCAAUAAUGCAGAAAUUGCAAUUAAUCAUGAAUUACACAAAGUUUUUGUCUUUUCGGACCUCACAACUGAUGACCAGUUGAACUUGCCAAAAGGGUUCCGGGAUAAAUACAUCAUUUCAAAACCUCUUGGCUCGGGUGUUUGUGGAGAAGUGAAACUGGCAUUUGAGAAGUCAAACUGUAAGAAGGUAGCUGUGAAGAUUGUACAUAAACCCAAAUUUGCACAACUUGUAUCUGAGCGAAGUGAUGCUGCUGCAAAGUGUUCCACUUCAAAUGUUGCAACAGAAGUUGAGAUUCUGAAGAAAUUGGACCAUCCUUGCAUAAUCAAAAUUGAGGAGGUGUUUGAUUUUGAAGACUCAUUCUACAUUGUACUGGAUUUGAUGGAAGGUGGCGAGCUUUUUGACCGAGUAGUCCGCUCAAAAGGACUGAAGGAACAAACGACCAAACUGCUGUUCUAUCAGAUGCUUCUUGCAGUUCAAUACCUUCAUGACAAUAACAUCACCCACCGAGAUCUCAAACCAGAGAAUGUAUUGCUUGCGAACAAUGAAGAGAACUGCCUCAUUAAGAUUACUGAUUUCGGUCUUUCAAAGAUUUUGGGAGAAACAUCCCUGAUGAAAACAUUAUGUGGAACACCCACCUAUCUAGCUCCAGAGGUGUUACUGGGUGCUGGAGCAGGUGGGUACUCCAAAGCAGUGGAUUGCUGGAGCCUAGGAGUUAUACUUUUCAUAUGCUUGGGUGGAUACCCGCCAUUUAGUGAUCAAAUAAAGGACAUGAAUCUGAGGGAUCAAAUCAUAAAAGGACAUUACAAGUUCAUCCCACAGUGCUGGGCAAACGUCUCUGAAGCAGCAAAGGACUUGGUGAAGCAGCUGCUUAAUGUGGACCCGAAUAAAAGAUUCACAACAAAGGAUGCUCUUAAUCACUCGUGGAUGCAGGAUGAAGAUAUGAAGAAAAAGGCAAAACAACUGAUGUAUGCUCAGACUGAAUUAACGUUGCCCCUGAGUACAACUGGUCAGUCAUCAACUGGUAGGAAAAGGCCACAUGAAGAGGACCAUCCUCCAAACACCAAACGACCCACACUGUCUUCACUAAGCAAACCGGUUACUCAAGAGUAGGGAAACUUGAGUGGUUGCAACCUAACCUUUUACAUGCUGUGUGGACAUCUCCAAGAAACAGUUAUAUUUGAUUUGCCUCAGGUGCCACAGGCCUGUUUUAGUCAUUUUUUGUGCUUUGCUUCUUUUUAUUACUGUAAUUCAAUCAAUGUGUCUAGAAUUUUUCCUGCAAUUUUGUUUCAGAAUAAACGUUUAACUGAUUUUCAUCCCAUUUUCUCUGGAGACCAUACAGUAUACAGUUAGUCAUUUGUAGUCCCAUUAUACAGAUAAUUUUCUUUGGUUUAAACCACAACACCUUUUAUGUGCUAUAAUGGUGUUGCACGGUUUAAAACAAAUCCAUGAUAUUUACAAUUAUAAUUAGUAAGGAGCUUAAAGAGCUUAAUGUUUCUUUAUACAGUAAAUUUCAGCUGGUCAAGUUUGUAAUUUAACAUAUUAAUAUCUUCAAAGAAAAUUAAUGAAAUGGGGUCUAAAUGUGCUAUUGAAUAUUGCACUGCCUCAGAUUUCCCAAAAUAAUUGAAAGCUGGGGAAAAUAAUUGGGUAUUGAGACAUAAGAAAACUUAAUGUAAAUGGUCACUUUAAUUACUGCUGCUGUUAAUAGUUGUAUUUAACUUGAAUGUUGUCGACUGACCAUGGGCUGGAUCCCUCGGUUGUAUUUCUGAUGGCCUUUGUCAUUGAUGGCAAAGGCAGAGACACUUUAAAUAUAAUGUAGAAAAUGGAGAGAUUUCUCUUCCCAAGUGUUUUUUUUUUGGCAUUUGGAUCAAAAACUAUAAAACUACCAUUUUAAGUUCACAUUUUCAUAUGAACUGUAAAUAAUACAUUGAAAUGAAAGGUUGUCCUUAUACAUCCUCAGAUUUCUGCAUAAUUGUAGCCGUUGAUAUCCCUGUUUGUUGAUUAGUGGAUUCACCAUGCACAUCAAAAGAAUGCCAAGUUCACUUUCUUGGUCUAUCCUGAAUUAAUUGAUCCUAACCAGAUAGUAGAAGGAUCACUACAACUGGCCUUGCUGUCUUUAUGCUGGGAAGAUGGUUCCUGCCUCUGGUUCACUGUGGAAAACUGUGCAUGUGAACCAUUGGUGAGCUGUUGGAUUGCAUCAGCAUCAUAAAUUGGCAAAUAGCUUCCCAUCUAACUGUAGACUGGCAUUUGAAGUUAUGUAUAAAUCGUUCUUGUCUAACUUUCUAGACAUGUGCCACACGUAACCAUAUACUUGUACGGUGUGGUGUCUUCAAGGAAUUAGAACUGUAUAUGGAAUGGGUAAAUGUUGACUAAGGUAAUGUAGAAAGGAAAACCAGAUAUAAAAUAGUGUAAUCUCGGCUUUGCUGCCAAAAUGGCUCAUAUUUUGAAACCUUUCUUUUCAUUAAUUACAUUGGAAGUUAUUCCUAGACUUGUAUUUAGCAGAGCUUGCUCAUCUUAGGUGAUCAUACAAACAUUAGUGAUGUUUGCCUUUUUGCUGAAAGCUGAAAUACUGUUCCAUUGUGGAACAUGCACAGUGAUUUUCCACCCCCUCCAACAUUUUUUUAUCAUCUAUUGCUAAUAAUUUUAACUUGUCUUGAUGAUAACUGCACUUCGUGUUGCAACACUUGCAUCACCUAAAAAGCUGAUGCACGAGUUGCAUGCUCAUUUGGCUUGACUUUGAAGGUGUAGUUGUACAGUUUCCUUAUGAAUUUCUAUAAGCCUAAUUGGUUUUCUGUUGCAGUCGCUUUUCUUUGUAUUCUGGAUUCUCUUGUUCCUUUUGGGUACUGUAAACAUCUGUAAUUUAAUUUGUGCAUUAGUUCUGUAUUUCUGUUCCUGAUACAAACAUCAGUGUAGUGAUGGUUAAUUUUGCCAUGCUAAAUGCAGAAUCCUUUAGUGUAUCUCCUUAAGUUGAAUGGUAAUGAUUUUUGGCGAACCACCUUCCUUUUGCAUCAAAAUUAACAACUAUUUAGAUGGAUUUUAAAGGAGGACUGUAGCCCUGAUGGCUGCUGAUUCUAACCUGUGUGCAUCUGUGUUGAAAAGGUGACAAACAACCAGGAGCAUAUUGAAAUGAUUUGAACUGCACAUGCCUCAAGCAAUGUGAGUGUAACAUAGAGUAUGGCAGUUCACCACAGAUUGUAAAGUAAACAAACGUUUGUGGAAUGUGUCCAAGAUAUAAUGUGGCAUUGAGAUUCCGUCUGCAGUGGUUAUAAGUAUUUUUUUUCAAUGAUUUUGUUGUGUGUUGUGUAGACUGCAUUUAAACAUCAGCGUAUUUGUAACAUGUAACUGCUUGAUCGAGGGAGAGCAUUUUUCUUUUGGAUUAGCUUCAACCAAGCAAAAAAGGUUAGAAUUGGACUUAAUAGCAGUUCAACUUUUGUGUUUUCUUUUUAAUAAAACUUGCAUUUGUACAUCCCAAGACACUAUUUAAUGCAUCAUUGAACCUUUGAAUUUAUUAUUCACUACCUAAACUGAGCCACUGGACCCAAAAAUCUGAACACAGUUUACCUGAGAUCAAACAGUACAAUAUGUUGUAAGAUUAAAUGUUGCCUUGCUGCUUUGCCAUUUUGAUAAAUUGAACCUGGGUUGAGGCCUGAAGAACAAGUGAAGUUAGAGAGCAUUUACAGAUUUAGUUAAGGAAGCCCUUUGGGUUUGAAUUGUAAGCUGUGCUUUUUUUAUAUAUACACUAGUUUAUGCAUUUUUCAUCUGCUAGAUUGAUAGAGGCUUGAAUUUAAUUAAGCAAUGUAUGUAAAAAGUUCUGGGGAAAUUAAAAUUCUCGAGCUGUUUGUAUCUGCUUUGUAAACAUUAUUUAUGUAGAAGCCCUGCUUCUAUUGUGUGGCCUCAUUUGUUGCUGCAAACAAUUUUUCAAAGUAAAAUACAUAGUUGGUCAUUGACCUUCCAGUUAAAACUCCAUGACUGAUCUGAAGAACCUGAAAGCAGCAACAAUUGUCCUCAACAGGAAUUUUAUAGCCAUUUUGUGGAAGACAGUGAGCCAGCCUGGUAGUUAAGGAUUACAGUUUGCUGCCGACUACCUCUGACUAGCACCAAGAAGAUCUGAAUUUAUUAAAGAAUUUAGAGGUGAUGGUGCUAGGUUCAAUCCAGUGAAGAAGGGAAUGGUGGGUGGAAAUUUAUGAUCGUGACUUUUGAUACCUGACAAGUCAGUACAAAUGGCUGCCUUUUUAAUGCAGAGGCAUUGAGUACACUUCAGGGCCUUUCCAUUUAUGUUUGGUUACCUAUCUCUUCCUGCUGUUGUCAUUUGUGGUCGUUGCAUCCAACAGUUAAACAAAAUGGGCAUCUCUACUCCCAGCCCUUUGACUUUAGUUUACAUUGUAUUGUGGACGAGCUUAGAAUAGAAGUUCAUUAAAUAUUUAUUAUUAUGCUGUUGUUUCUGUGAUUCAUUAACCCUGCCACCCCUCCCAAUAAAAACUGUUUGAUCUUGAGAACUGAGGUAUCAGUGAACUUUCAAAUGUCUCAGCAGCUAAUUUUAUCUGUUGUUCCGGAUGACAUUCAUUCUCUGUAUAGUUAGGGAAGAUGGCUUACAUGUUUUAUAAAUCAAAGCUGACAAAAUAUAUUGUACAAAAUUCAAUAAAUGAUUUACAAGAA